AUGGUUUGUUGGACUUGUGUUGCUGUUUGGUUGGCUGUCGGCAGUGUUAUCGCGUACUUUUUCUUUUCAAAGAAGAAUAAGAAACAGAUGCAGAUACGUAAACAUGAUUGGAAACCAGACAUUGUCUAUCUCUACCAAUUCCCCAGACUAAAGUCAGUACCGAAUUUAUCGCCAUAUUGCUUAAAAGUGGAGACUUUUUUGAAAGCUAACAAUAUCCCAUACGAGUGCGAAACACUUGAAAUCAUCAUCGUUCAACAGUAUUGUCAUUGUUUACCAAAGGUAUGCCCCCUCCUGAUGGGAAGAUCAAAGUACGGCCUGUUGCCGUUUAUCGAGCUGAAUGGUGAACAUAUUGCCGACUCACAGAUUAUUCUUCAUCGGCUUAAGACACACUUCAAAGUCAAGGUACGAGUUGGUCACACUAUGUUGGUAUGCUUCAGUCGAUCUUUUCCACUCCACGAACUGUUUCAAAACUUUGGAUCCGGUGGCAUAGAGAAUAUACUAUCCGGCACU